CAGUUUAUAGUCUAGAGAGAGAGAGAGAGAGUAGCAUUGAAGAGAGAGAAAAGAUGAGCAAGGCAAUGAGAAACAAAGUGCAGAAGAAAUUCAAAAUGAGGGGUUAUACCCUCAAAAUUGACGCCCUAACCGAAAUCCUAGGGUUCCUCAGCCGCUUCCCUGAAGCUGAAGACGAAGCCCUCGACCUACUCCUCGAUGAGCUCCACCACAUCUCCCUGAAAUCAUCGAUAUUGGAUAAGGAACCGGUGCUAAAAGUGGUGAGUCUUUUGCUGGAAGCUGAGGCUGCAGUGGAGGAGAGUCCGACGAGUAGCGGUUAUGGCUCCGCUGGUUCUGCUUUGAGAAUAAUCGAUGCUUUCGAUUUCCCCAAGUUUCGAUACGAUCCAAUUAAGAAACUGUUUCACAAACUCACGGGGAACCUUCCGAUUCAUGGUGAUGCUUCUGCAAAGGUCAUAUUAUACAGGGAUAGGUUUCUUUUGUUGUCUCAAAGUCUCUCUCGUGACCCCCAUUUUUCUAGGCCUGUUUUUGGUAAUGAUAUAUCCGAUUAUGGUAGCUGCCAGAUAUCCCCAAUUCAAUCUCUGGUUGGUCAGACAGGAAAAAAAUGGGUGAUGGGCCUCAUAUCUCAGUUGGAGGAUGGUCAUUUCUACUUGGAAGACUUAACUGCAGCUGUGGAAGUUGAUUUAUCUAAUGCAAGAAUAACAACAGGGUUCUUUGCUGAAAACACGAUAGUCGUAGCAGAAGGCGAGAUGCUCUUGGAUGGUAUCUUUCAGGUGAAAACAUGCGGAUUUCCUCCAUUAGAGGAACGAGAAAAGUCAAUGGCAAUGUUUUCAGGGAUUGAUUCAUUUGGUGGUGGUUCACUCACUAAAGAAGAGACUAUUAGACUUGAAGAGCUGGAAAAAGGAGCAGUCAAUGACAUGUUUGUGAUACUAUCUGAUGUUUGGCUGGACAACGAGGAGACUAUGGGAAAGCUCGAGACAAUCCUCGGUGGUUAUGAGAACGAGACUGUGGUUCCAUCUCUAUUUGUUUUCAUGGGAAACUUUUGUUCUCACCCAUGUAACCUUUCCUUUAAUUCUUACUCAAGCAUCAGAUCUCUGUUUGGGAAGCUAGGAAGAAUGAUUGCAGUUCAUCAACGCCUAAAAGAACACAGCAGAUUUCUUUUUAUUCCCGGGCCUGACGAUAUAGGGCCUUCGAAUGUUCUGCCCAGAUGCUCGUUGCCAAAAUACAUUACCGAAGAGCUUCAAAAUCUCAUUCCCAAUGCAGUUUUCUUAAGUAAUCCAUGCAGAAUCAAAUUUUAUACCCAAGAAAUCGUAUUUCUUCGUCAAGACAUGCUUUACAGAAUGCGGAGAUCAUGUCUGAUGCCUCCAUCAUCUGAAGAAACGAGCGAUCCUUUUGAGCAUCUUGUUGCCACUAUAACGCACCAAAGCCAUUUGUGCCCUCUGCCUUUGAGUAUACAGCCCAUAAUCUGGAACUUCGAUCACUGUCUUCACUUAUAUCCAACUCCGCAUACAAUAGUCUUGGGGGAUAGAAGUGAGCAGAAAGCAUUCAAAUACACAGGGGUUACAUGCUUCAAUCCCGGUUCCUUCUCAAAUGACUUCACUUUUGUGGCUUAUCGGCCUUGCUCUCAGGAAGUUGAACUAUCAGCCGUGUAAGUACAUAUGUCGAUUAAGUGCACACAUGUUUUUUUUCCAACUGUUUAUUAUUUAUUAAUUAUCACCUAGUUCUUGGAAAGUUUAAUUUAUCAGUUAUGUAAUCCUAGAUUUCACUACACAAUAGUUCGAUCUGCAAGAACUACUUUCCCAUUCUUCUUAAUUUUUUCCCUUAGAAAAACUUACUGCACAUGUAUUAUCUUCUUUGUAAGUCAAUAAUAUCCUAACUAGUGCUCA